AUGGCAAGGCCAGCAGUAAAUCUUCCAGAGAAUCAUUUCUUGUUUACAUCUGAGAGUGUCAAUGAAGGACACCCAGACAAACUUUGCGAUUUAAUUUCUGAUUCUGUGGUUGACGCAUGCUUGGCUCAAGAUCCCAGCUCCAAAGUAGCCUGCGAGUCUACAGCAAAGACCAAUCUUCUUAUGAUAUUAGGUGAAAUCACUACUGGUGCUACCAUUAAUUAUGAACAAGUUAUUCGUGAUACUGCCAGAGAAGUCGGGUAUACUUCAAACGAAAUCGGUCUUGCUGCCGACACUUGCAAUGUGAUGGUCAAUAUUGAAUGUCAAAGCCCAGACAUCGCUCAAGCUGUCCACUUAAACAAAGCUCCCGAGGAAAUCGGAGCAGGAGAUCAAGGCCAUAUGUUCGGCUACGCCACAAAUGAGACUCCAGAGUGCAUGCCUCUUACCCACUUGCUAGCCACCAAAUUAGGUCGAAGACUAGCUGAAGUCAGAAAAACUGGAGUCCUCAGAUGGGCUAGGCCUGACGCAAAGACACAAGUUACUGUUGAAUAUAGAAAAGAAGGAGGGAAGGUCAUUCCUAUUAGAGUCCAUACCAUUGUGAUCUCAACCCAGCACGAUCCUGAUGUUUCUAACGAACAAAUUAGAGCUGAUUUGAUGGAGCAUGUCAUUAGAGUUGUCGUUCCAGCUGAGUAUUUGGAUGAUAAAACCAUUUACCACUUAAAUCCUAGUGGAAGAUUUAUCAUUGGAGGACCUCAUGGUGAUGCUGGCUUAACAGGCAGAAAAAUCAUUAUUGAUACCUAUGGAGGCUGGGGUGCACACGGAGGUGGCGCAUUUUCUGGAAAAGACCCUUCAAAAGUCGACAGGUCAGCUGCAUAUGCAAUGAGGUGGGUUGCUAAAAGUUUAGUAAAGGCUGAUCUCUGUGAUAGAUGCUUGGUUCAAGUUUCCUAUGCAAUUGGUGUUGCUCAACCAUUAUCAGUUUACGUUGAUUCAUAUGGCACUGUCAAGAAUGGAAGAACUGAUAGAGAUUUGUUGCACAUCGUCCUUAGAAACUUUGACUUAAGACCAGGCUGCAUCAUCAGAGAUCUUAACCUUCUAAGACCAAUCUACAAAAAGACAGCAGCUUACGGGCACUUUGGAAGAGAAGAUGACCCUGAUUUUACUUGGGAAACAUCUAAAGAUCUCACACAUGAGCUUAACUAA